GGGGCGUGGCUCUCGUCUGUUGAGGCGGUUCGUGCCGGUCCUGAGGGUCGUCUCCGCCAUGUCGGACUGUGGAAUGCAGAUGGAGGGCGGCAAGCAGCUAUUUGCUCAGGCUUCAGCUGUCUCCAUUCACACCGGGAAUAUCGUCAACUGGAGCCGGCUAAAGAAGAAAUGCCCAACCUCGCCGAGCGAGGAGUUACAGGAUUGUAUUCGGGAGACUCUGGAGAAAUGGUGCUCUCAAGUCAGCCCCGAGCUGCUGAAGGAACCACCUGCUACUCUGGAAUGUACCAUAACUCAGGAUGUGGACUCCAUAAGCCCCGAGGAGAGAGAGGAAUUAAAAGUGUCAGCAAAGCUUUUUCUCAGUGACCCUGACUCCUCGGGUAUCAAGGAUGCUGUGAAGAAAGCUUGUUCAGCACUUGCAGUGUCACAGCUGGACUCUGUGAUUAUUGCUCCACCUCCACUUGAAGAUGGCGCUAGCCUUUCUCUCUCGCACCUGCAGCCAUAUUGGGAAGAGCUGGAAACUCUUGUUCAAAGUCAGAGCAUUGUAGCAAUUGGUACAUCUGAUUUGGAUAAAGUACUUUUAGAGCAACUCUAUCAGUGGGCUCAGGUGAAACCUAGCAGCAACCAGGUAAAUUUAGCUUCCUGUUGUGUGAUGCCACCGGAGCUUACUGCCUUCGCUAAAGAAUAUGACAUCCAGUUACUGACUCACAGUGAUCCUAAAGAACUGAUACCCAUGUUAAGUUUCCAAGAAGCUGUGAUAGCCAGCAUUCAAGACAAUCUGGCAUAUGAAUGGAUAACGAAGUGGGUUCUGCGCUAUUCAGUAAUUGUUAAAAGCAGAGGAAUUAUUAAGUCCAAGGGCUACCUGGUAUAUGCUAAAAGAAUUCGUUAUUAGGAUCAUCUUUGAGAGACCAACUGAUUGGAAAUGCACUUUUAUUACACAAUUUAUGUAUGAUAUGCAAAAGGAAGAAAUCUUAGAAGCUGCACUAUUGACCAAAUGCCUUUUGAUCCUUUUUGAUGAUUUAUUACUGGGUCCAAGAUGAAUUUCAGAAAGGAAUAAGUUCUGAUUUGAAAAGUUUGCAUUGUAAAACCAGAUUGUGUUUUGUGUACUGCAGUGUUUCCACUUGUUGAUUUAACUGGCAGUUCUGUUAAAUUCCUUUUCUUUUCUUUUUAAGUAUUUUUGGUUUAAAAAUAUACAUAUUGAAGAUUUGCAUUCACUUUUUGUAGUUCAUUUUUUGGGGGAACAAGAUGUGCAUACUUGUUCAAAAGACACUAACAAAUAAUAACCCUAGAUGGGUGCACAUUUGUGGUCCAUAACUUACCUGGACAAGCCUUUGGCUGAAUCCUUGUUAAGUUACAUGCACUUGGCAAAUGUCAGAGUCGUUUCUAUUUAUACAGCUAAACCUUUUCCAUUUCCAAAUAGUUUUCAUUGAAGUAAUUCUCCCAAGUACUGACACCAUGCUGUGGUGUCUAACAUUAUGAAAUUUAAGGUUAUAGUAACAUUUUAAGAAAAAAAAGUUUUUUUUUUUUUGAAGAUUUGCUGCUGUGUAUCAAGAAAAACCUUGAUGUACAGUCUACUGGUAUUUGUGAUGGAGUGAAACAUUUCCAACUCUCCCACCAACCUGUCAUUUUGCACUCUCCUCAGAACAGCUAAGAAGAAUGUGUUUGAAUGUUGAAUUUCAGUGGCAUGUAGAGAAUAGACAAAUGGACUCAGGUGAAAUAAGUCCACAGAAUAACAGCAGCACAGUGUUAUUGGUUUUCAGCAAAUCAUCAACUUUGUGUAUUUAAUAAAUGUCACUGGAUUACUAAUGUUUAUUUAAUUUGUAAAUUAAGACAUUGUAUUGGUUUAAUAUGUGGGAACAUGCCAUCAUAAAACAUUCCCUGCCAUGUAGCAGUCAUUUGAUAGUUGCUGAGUGCAUUGUCUAGGUUGGCUGAGGUGAACAUAAUGAAGCAGUGGAGAAAAGUGCAAAGUUGGUUAUCAAGCGAUAUACUAAGUAGGAUAGAACAGUUACAGCAGGGGAUCCACUAAAGGCUCCUUUUUGGGUUAAGUGCAGCAUUGCUGUCCACUUGUUUUUGGUGAGAUGGUGACCGUAUAAUGUGCUGUCAUUCUGUAUGCAUGAGAGAAUGUGAUUUGGGGAGCAGGAGCUUUGAAGAAAAUCCAUUCAAUUAAACCACAAAGUAACAUUCAACCUACAUCUUCAUCUACUGGCUGUUUUUGAAGAAAGUCUUGACCAUAAAUCAUGGGGAUACCAGUCUGGAGCAUGAUCCUUAGCAAAUCUUGAUUGAAAUUGUAACUUGGAGCCCCUUUUGGCUAUAACUUAUUGUUUUUUAAGUAUCAACUUUGUGCUUAACAUGUUUAGGCUGAAGUACUGUAUAAGCUUGAAUGUAUAGUAGUUCUAAUGAAAUUAUACAUAUCUGGAAAUAGUGAAUUUAUGAUAAAAUGUUAUAUUUUGUUUACUUGGCUAUGUAAUGGAUUUGAGGUGAUUUGCACAUUAAAAGUGUGAACUAAA